AGGAUGUAGCUAAGCAGGAAUUGCAGAACAUAUAUAUAGAUUUUCUUGUUUUAGAAACAUGGGUUGCAGAGAGCAUUUGCCUGUUCUUUUAGUGAUUGUUAGUAUUAAUUUUGCUUUGGGAAUAGUGAAUGUACUUCUUAAAAAGAUUCUUGAUGGAGGAACUAACCAUAUGGUUAUUGUUACAUAUCGACUGUCAAUUUCUGCUAUUUUCCUGGCUCCCAUUGCUUACUAUUCGGAAAGGGAAGCCAGACCCAAGCUUACAGUUUACAUCUUAAGCUACCUUUUCCUUGCUGCUCUUGUCGGUGCAACACUUACGCAGUACUUGUUCCUUCUGGGACUUGAAUAUACUUCUGCCGCGUUCUCCUGUGCAUUCCUUAACACAGUGCCUGCAAACACUUUCAUAUUGGCUCUACCAUUUGGUCUAGAGAAAGUUAAGUUGAAGGGCAAGGCUGGAAGAGCUAAGUUGUUAGGUGCAAUAAUUUGCAUGACUGGAGCUGUUUCAUUAGCGCUUUAUAAAGGAAUUCCUUUGAAAAAUUCUGAUUCUUAUGAAGACAUUAAAAGCCAUGUUGAAGCUACAAUGAUGUCAGAUAAGAAGACAAAAAGCUGGGUGAUGGGUUCUGUACUUUUGAUGGGAGGUUCCCUUUUGUGGUCUUCAUGGUUUCUUAUACAAGCCAAAAUUAGCGAGAGAUAUCCAUGUCAAUAUUCUAGCACUGCCAUUUUAUCCCUCUUUGGUGCAAUCCAAUCUGCUUCCAUAAGUUUGAUUCUUGAAAGGAACAUUAGCGCCUGGAUUCUCAAGGGGAAGUUAGAAAUUGUAACAGUCAUUUUUUCUGGGAUGGUAGCAUCAGGUUUGUGCUAUGUAGGCAUGGCUUGGUGUGUUAAACGAAGGGGUCCAGUAUUUACAGCGGCAUUCACCCCUUUCAUACAGAUAUUUGCUGCCAUUUUCGAUUUCUCUAUCUUGCACGAUCAAGUUUACCUUGGAAGUGUUAUAGGAUCUGUUGUAGUUGUAGUUGGAUUGUACAUUCUCCUGUGGGGUAAAAGGAAGGAGGCGAAGGAGUGUAUUAUGAAGCAAAGCUUGGUCAAGGAAGGUGGAAACAGUGACGUAGAAUCACAAGCACCAGUAACCAUCAAGUCGAGCAGUUCUUAGACUAAUUACUAAUAAAUGAUUAACCAACAAAAUUUGUAUUCAAGACAGUGUUAUGAAAUGAAGAAGAAAGAACGGUUAAUUUAAAAAUGAUUAAUUUAAUAGUCUAAAAAUGUAUCCGAUGUAAUUGUACUUUGUGGUUGUUCAUAAUUCAAAGAGAAGACAAUGAUAGUACUUGGU